GGGCAAAAGGGUACAACCUAUUGUUGACAAGUGCUGGACCGGAUCAUCGCUAUGACCAGGUAGGGCAAGUCCUGCUAUUAAGGUAUGACGCUACUAUGGGAUCAUUUGAUUGGAAAGGAUGGGACAGCAGGUUUUGAGGAUGUGGUGAGGGAAUCGAAUAUAUAGAGUGGCAUGUUUCUCGUUCACUUGGACUUUUUCCUCUUCUCUCUAUAUCAUACAAACACACAAUACCAUCCAAUCCAUCGAUUCUACUCUAUCAACAAACAAACAACCAACCAACCAACCAACCAAUUCAAACAUCAAUCUCGAGAUACUCUUUGAGUUUUAAUCAACAACAACACACACACACAAAUCAUUCAAAAUGGGAGCCGUUGUUUCUUGUAUCACAGGCAUGUUCCGCGCCAUCGGUGCUGGUCUCAUGGCCGUCGUCAACGGAAUCGGAGCCAUCCUCACCGGUAUCAUCAACGCCAUCGUCGCCUUCUUCGAUGUCCUCAUCUCCUGCUUGACUUGCGGAAGCUGCGGCGGUAGGAGAAGAGGUAGACAUACGAGAAGUGCUGUUUAGAAGGGUCCCUUGCCUUGGCGCGAGGGGUGCUUGUUCUAAUAUUCACAAUCUCUCAACAUGACCUAUGUACUGUUGGAGAGAUGAGAUGGAGGAAGGAGUAGCGCAUGCGAGUUUGCUUUAUGAUACCUGAAAUGCUGGAAGGACGGUGGGCGGAUGGGUGGGAGAGAGAGAGAGGAGAGCUAUUUUUGUUUUUUUCCGAUUCGACUCGAUACCCGGUUUCUUUUCUCUUAAUUAUGGAUGGUGGAUGGUGGAUGAGGGGAAGGUGGAGAUGAGUUCAUGCAUGGUUUUUGCUUGCGUACGCGCUUGCAUAUACUGGAGAUGAGAGGAAGAAGUGUGGAGGUUUAAUGAUUAUGAUACACUAUUUUACUACA